AUGAACGCCAACAUCGCACAAAACCCCCUGCUGCGGCCUGCACUGCCGCCAGCACAGCGCUCGACGAUACCACAGACGAUGGGAAUGCUGGCAAAUGGCUCAAUGACCGACCCCAAUACCAUCUACCAAGUUCAGAUGAACCAGGUGAUGAACCAGGCAGGAGGCAAUCUGCAGCACCGUCCGCAACAAAUGCCCGUGCGCGGCGGCCCCCCGAACAUGCAGAAUAUGGGCAACGUCGGCGUCGGCAUGAACCAGCAUAUGCUCGCCCAGGGCAUGCCUUUCGGCCACUCGCAGCAGCAGCCGAUACGGCGCGUGCCGUCAAAUCAACCAGCACCGCACUUCAACCAACAAAUGGCCAUGCCCAUGAACCCAGGAAAUCCGAAUCUGCCCAACAUGGCCUUUCGACCACAUCCUGGGCAGCACAUGAACCCUCAGAUGCCCCGAAACGUCGGCGGCAUGCAGACUAUGACCCCAGAGAUGCAGAUGUCGAUGCGUCAAGCUGGAGGGCCCCCUACGAACCAGGGUCCGGGGAUGGGGGGCGGGAUGGGAAUGGCUGGGUUGCCCGCCAAUAUGGGUGGAAUGCCGAAUAAUCGACCGCCACAACUCAUGGGUGGACAGCCGAUAGGCCCUCACCUCCCAAACGGAAUGAACAACAGCUUCAACCCCGUACAGCCGCCCCAAAUGACUUCCUCUCCCCGUCCUGGGUCAUCACACAUGCAGAACCAACCCUCCAUUAGCCGUGCACGGAUGACCCCCGAACAACACCAGCAGAACCUGUUUCAAAACGGCCAGCCAUUUCCUGGCGGCGCGCGGAUACCGCCUUCGAACGGACAGUUUCCUUUCGUACCAUCCACUGUAUCACCAAACCAGGGAGUCGGGGACGUAUCCCAUCAGCUAGGCCCUCCAUUUAAUCCUGCCGGCGGGUCGGGCGCGCCUGGUAAUGGUCCUGGUGGGCCAGGUCGGAUGCAACCUGGGAGGGCGGACAGUGCAGGAUUUCAUGUUACCCCCGCUCAACAGUUCGAACAGAUGAGCAACGGCGAGAACUUCCCAUCUGGUUCAUUUCCCCCUCAACGACCGCCUUCCCAACACCAUACGCCACACACCCAGCAUAAUACGCCUCAAAUGCGAACUUCUUCGCCGCAUCCUCAUUCAUCUCCGCAACAACAUCCACAGCAACGGAUACACACUCCUUCCAACUCCCACAUGCAUCCCCCGCCUCAAAGACCACAGUCUCAGGGGCGACCGCCUUCGCAGGCUGGUCACAGAACCCCCAACCCUAAUCAUUCUACCAGCAAUCCUAUGACACCGCAAGGCAUGCAGUCUAAUCCGAUGAUGCCACCAGGCGGGCGGAUAUCAAGACAGCAGCAGCAUUCAUCAACAACUCAAAUCCCUCAAGGAGCGGGUCCUACGCAAACCCUUGUCCAGCAAGCGAUGCCUCCCAAUCAACCCCUUGUUGCAGUCCAGCAAGGCCCUCCCCGCCCCCCCAUGCCUCCAGGCCAACCACCGAAUGGUAGCGAGAACAACCAAAUGAUGAGGACACAGCAGCCAAUACCAAGCGUCAUCCAACCGCCAGUGGGCAGUGGUCAAGGCUUAAUACGAUUGCUCCAAUUCAGUGGUAUCCUAUCAGCGAACGACAAUUUCCAAAAGAAACUACAGCUAUCAUGGUGGAAAGAGUUGAUCAAAGACUAUUUCGCCCCGAAAGCCAUCAUGAAGUUCACUCUCUGGAAAGACAACUCGCGGCAGGAAGCCAAGCCUUUUGAAAUUGGCACUGCAAUUCUCCCUCGGUUUUUUCUCGUUACGGCACAAUCUGGCGUCAAAUCUAUGUCCCUUUCACUAGAUGGCGCACGCGAACGGCUAUACACAACGGGUCAUUCAAUAAUCGAGUGUGUUACGGCGGUAUGGACGUACAAGUAUACCAAUGGGUAUACUGUGACGCUACGCGGACCCCUCACGGUGCAUGUCAUCAUCUCAGCACCAACCCCACCGAGCACCGGCUCACCUGGACCAAAUGGUGGUGGAGGCGCAAGCCCACCUUCCGCGCUGCUGCGGUUUGAGGAUUUUCAGUUCGAUGCCCUGUACCACGAUAAAUACAUCGCUGUCGAACAUAUCGAAGGUAUAGAGAACACGAUGAACGGCCCUAUGCCCGAGGUGGGACCGCCAGUGCAGAACGGACAAAACCAGAACACGGAUCGUUCGGAUGAGCAGAGGGUACCUGUGGAACGAGGGUCUGUACCAUUGGGGCCGGUGAAUGCUUUUGGCAUACCCCAGGCAACAAUGCGAUGUCUCGAGUUGGCUGAGAGUGUGGGCCAGAUGGCCGACUUAAUUUCUUUUACCAACGAAACUGGUCUAGGGCCCAUGGACGCUCUGAAGCAGUUUGCGCAGAAUCUUCGAGACAAGGGGUUGUCCGUCCCACCACAGAUGCACACAACGCCGUUCGUGAACGGAGGUCCACAUCCUCAACACCCAUCAUAUCCCCCACCCCCACAGUUCAACCAGAUGGUCACCAAUGUUGGCCCACCACAAGGAGCCGUAUCAACACAUUACCCUAACGUCAUACCCUCGUCCAACCCUCUGCCUGGGUCGAUAAAUUCGCCGCAGGCCUCUACGUCUGGCGGCAAUUCACCACAGAAGCAGCAUAAGACGAUACCCCAACAACAACAAGGACAACAACCUAUGAACGGCGCCUCAUCUAGUUCCGCCACUACUCCUGGUGUGUCGACAACCGGCGGCAACACUCCCUCGAUGGCGAAUGCGACAUUGAAGCGGAAACAGGGGUCGGAGACCGCUUCACCUACAACUUCACAUGCUGACCAGCCUCCACUAAAACGCCAAGGUCGAAAAAGAAAAGCAACACAGAGCUAG